UAAUCGAUUUUUUUUAUUAGUAAUUAUGUUUGUUUUAAGUAUAUUAUUAUUAAUUAUUUGUCCUAAUAUUAUAGGAUUGUUAUUAGGAUGAGAUGGGUUAGGAUUAAUUUCUUAUUGUUUAGUGAUUUAUUAUCAUAAUUGAAAGUCAUUUACUUCUGGGAUAAUCACAGUUUUAUUAAAUCGUAUUGGUGAUGUAGGUAUUUUAAUAAUAAUUAGAUUAAUAAUUAUUUUAGGGUCAUGAAAUGGGAUAUUUUAUAGAUUUGAUUUUUUUUAUUUUUCUUUAUUAAUAAUAUUGAGAGCGUUUACUAAAAGAGCUCAAUUACCAUUUUCUUCUUGGUUACCCUUAGCAAUGGCUGCUCCUACACCUGUUUCUUCUUUAGUUCAUUCUUUUACUUUGGUAACAGCAGGGGUUUAUUUAUUAAUACGAUAUAAUAGAUAUUUAGUUAAUAAUCAUUUAAUGGGUUUAAUAUUAUUUAUUUCUAGAUGUACAAUAAUAAUAGCAGGAUUAAUAGCUAAUUUUGAGAAUGAUUUGAAGAAGAUUAUUGCGUUAUCUACAUUGAGACAAUUAGGAUUAAUAAUAAGAAUUUUAAGAUUAGGAGAAGUAGAGUUAGGAUUUAUGCAUUUAUUAAUUCAUGCAUUAUUUAAGUCUUUAUUAUUUAUAUGUAGAGGAAUUUUAAUUCAUCAAAUAAAUAAUAAUCAGGAUAUUCGAUUUAUGGGAAGAUUAGUUAGAUAUUAUCCUUUUGUUAGACUUGUAUUUUUUGUGUCUUUAUUAUCAUUAUGUGGAUUUCCAUUUUUUUCUGGGUAUUAUUCUAAGGAUUUAAUUAUAGAGGUUUUUUUAAUGAGUAAGAUAAAUAUAAUAAGUAUAUUAAUGUUAUUAAUUUCUACAUUAUUUACAGUUUCAUAUAGUGUUCGUUUAAUUGUUAUAGUAUAUUUAAGUUAUAUGAAUAAAAUAAAUUAUUUUAUUUUGUUUAGAGAAAGAUUAAUAAUAAGGAUAUCAUUAAUUAUUUUGUAUUUUUAUUCUUUAAUAAUUGGAUAUUUUUUAGUUAAUUUAAUAAAUUUUACUUUAAUUAUUUUGAAUUUAUUUGAAAAAUUAAUAGUUAUACAAAUUUGUUUAAUAGGAUGUAUUUUAGGUUGAUUUAUGAGAUUUGUAAAUAUAUU